AUGGAUCAAUUGCUUUCCUAUCUUCCUCCUUCUGAGGGCCUGCUGCCCAAGUGGCUUCUAUUCGUUUCCGUUGUCUCCGCAGUCAACAGUGUGCAGUCAUACGUCUCCCCCGAUUAUACUUCCAAGCUCUAUACAAACGGUGCUUUGGCUGUUGGAGCACUCCCCGGUCGCGUGUUCGGCACCUGGACUUUCCUGUCCGCCGUCAUUCGCAUGACUGCCGCUUACAACAUUGACUCGCCCAUCGCCUACAACCUCGCUAUCUGGACCUAUGCCAUUGCGCUUGCGCACUUCACCGGCGAGCUCAUCUUUGGAAAUGCCGUGUUGAAGGGUCGCUUCUUGAGUCCUUUGAUCGUCGCUUCAUCGUCCGUGGCUUGGAUGCUCACACAGCGCGAGUUCUACCUUGGAGCUUAA